AUGUGCAAAUGGCUCAUAGACAAAAGGCUCGCGAAGGUGCAUGGGCUCUCAAUAAAGCCUUUGCCGCCACUGACACCGCCAUGCGACCAGUCGUUUGCCUACGUCUUCCGAGUAGGAAAGGUGGAGCUGACAUGGACUACGCUUCAAGGAGGCCAGGUAGCGAUAUCUGCGACUGUACGAAACCGAAGUCUGUCGUUCCUGGAGGAGUGCCUGGUGAGGUACUUGCAACGCCGUGGGAUUCCUGAAGCGGCACUGGACAUGUCCAGAAUUGCAGUGGUUUUCGUAAAUGAUCUCAACGAUGCUCCCAUCAAUCCCAAGCUCUACAACGUUCAUGGCUGCCCGAGUCCUGUAGAACAAAGACGUCACUCGAAGGAUCGGUGCGACUCCUCGGAGGAACGUCAAAAUGGAGAACCCACAGUUUUACUCAGUGAGAAACUGAGUAGAUUCUCACAAAGCUGCAUUGCCAUUGUGGACCCUCAAGAUCGUCUCCUCGAUCCCGACAUCUGCUUUGCCGUCAAAAAGACUCCAUUCAUCGUAAUAACACUAGGUCCUCUACCCUUUGAUACAAUACGGGCUCUUUUCCUCUGUGGGACAACUGUUGUAGUCGAAUUCGAUGAAGCCGCUGCGGAUGAUGACAUUAUGCAACUCAUCACUGCGAUCACCAAUGGCUCCGACCUCAUGGAAAUCUUGUCUUCUCACCAGUCUUAUGCGUUGUCGAAAGAAGCUUGGAAUACUCUAGGUGAGAGUGAAGUUCCACCCACCCUUUGGCUGCACUUGGAGGCAAGGUCAUGCUUUCCAGAGAGGACAUUCGCGCAUCAGCUUUCUGUCUGUUCAGUAAAUCCGACUGUCCGACUUUAUUAG